ACAGCUUCAGCACUGCUGCUGUUUCUCCACGGCUGUUUCACACUGAACAUACAGCACAGGCAGAGCAGUCCCAACGCGGUACCUACUCUCAUUCACUCACUGCCAACCUACAGAAUUACUCAAGGCUGCUAUUUUUGCUUUUUCUUCAGUGCUGACUGUCGCAUUGCCUCUAUAUGAGUUGAAUGGACGUUACAGGCAGAAUAUUCUAGGGUAAAAAUUGUAUAUUUAUUGGCAUUUCAUUAACUUUUUUGAAAGCUUUAUUUUGGUGGUACUGUGGUGUACUACGAAUUUCAAUUUAAGAACACCCGACAGGACGAGAGGAUAAUAAUUUUGUUCCCGUUUUAAAAUUACCCAUUUGUGAUCAUUCACGGUCGUAGAACAUUAAAUUGUGUCGCCUACAUGUUGAGGAAACUGGGUGAAUAGAAGGUCCAGCAAGGUGUUUGGGGUUAAAAUUAAAUUGAGGUGUCGUUGAUACACACUUCUUCUUUAUCUUACCCAUUUCCUUUGUCGCAAGGAAGGACAGCUGCGUCCCGAUCUGUGCUACCGGUUGAGCGGCUGGCACAGUUUGGCUCGAAGACGAAUUUUAGAAAACAAAGCUUUGUGCAGUUUUCAAGAAUUUUAAAGGGUUUCUUCUUGUUUUUUCUUCUUUUCUGGGGUGUUUGCACAGAGAAACAACUGGACGCGCGACAUGGGGUUCCUACUUUGGGAAGGGCGCCUGGUAUGUCUCCUUCUCCAGGUUUCUGUUCUGGUGCUCCUUUGCACAGGGGAGAGGAUGUGCCCUUCGAGCUGCCGCUGUGAGGGGAAGAUUGUUUACUGCGAGUCCGGUGCCUUCCAGGAUAUCCCAGAAAAUAUUUCUGCCGGGUGCCAGGGUCUGUCCCUGCGCUACAACAGCCUGCUGAGUCUGCUGCCUUACCAGUUUGCCCAUCUCAACCAGCUCAUCUGGCUCUACCUGGACCACAAUGCCAUCAGCGGCGUGGACGGCCAAGCCUUCCAGGGCGUGCGGAGGCUCAAGGAGCUCAUCCUGAGCUCCAACAAGAUCAUGCAGCUCCACAACAGCACUUUCCAUGCCGUGCCCAACCUGCGCAACCUGGACCUGUCCUACAACCAGCUGCAGGCCCUGCAGCCGGGCCAAUUCCACGGGCUGCGUAAGCUCCAGAAUCUGCACCUGCGCUCCAACAGCCUGAAGAGCAUCCCCAUACGCGCCUUCCUCGAGUGUCGCAGCCUGGAGUUCCUGGACCUGGGAUACAACCGCCUGCGCACCCUCACCCGCACCACCUUCCUGGGGCUGCUCAAGCUGACGGAGCUGCACCUGGAGCACAACCAGUUCUCCAGGAUCAACUUUUUCCUCUUCCCGCGCCUGUCAAACCUGCGGGCACUCUACCUGCAGUGGAACCGCAUCCGCACUGUGAACCAGGGUUUGCCCUGGACCUGGUACACCUUGCAGAAGUUGGACCUCUCUGGGAAUGAGAUCCAAGCCCUGGACCCAGCUGUUUUCCAGUGCCUGCCGCAUCUACAAAUACUCAAUCUCGAGUCUAACAAGCUCAGCAAUGUGUCCCAGGAGACAGUGACAGCCUGGAUCUCCCUGACCACCAUAAGCCUGGCAGGCAAUGUCUGGGACUGCAGCCCCAGCAUCUGCCCCCUGGUGGCCUGGCUGAGGAACUUCAGAGGCACAAAGGACACCACUAUGAUAUGCAGCAGCCCAAAGUCACUGCAGGGAGAGAAAGUAAUGGAGGCAGUGAGGAAUUACACUAUCUGCGAGGAGACUCACACUUUAGCACCAACCCCCGCACCGACCCAGAGGCUAACUCCUACGUCAGCUGCAGCUACCACUCAGCCUCCACCACCUCCCACUACCACUACAACUCAAUCUCCUUCAACUUCAUCGAAACGCUGGUUCCUUCCACAGCCCAUAAUUCCCAAUCUGGCAGACAUGGACUCCAGGAAUUCUCGGCCUGCUACCCCCCCUUCCUCCGACAACCUCCCUUUCACCCCAGAGCCAGAGUUUGAACAUAUGUCCUUCCACAAGAUCAUCGCAGGCAGCGUGGCACUCUUCCUGUCUGUGUCCCUGAUCCUGCUGGUGAUCUACGUGUCGUGGAAGCGCUACCCCAACACCAUGAGGCAGCUGCAGCAGCACUCCAUGGGCCGCAAGCGCAGGAAAAAGGUGCAGGAGUCUGAGCCUAACCUCAACUCCCAGCUGCAGGAGUAUUACAUGAGUUACAACCCCACAAACUCUGAGACCAUGGACGUGCUGGUCAAUGGCACGAGCUCCUGCACUUGCACCAUCUCGGGCUCCAGAGAAUGUGAGGUAUGAUCCUUCGAAACCCAUCUCUAAAAACGUUUUCUACGGCUGGGAGUGAGAGAGUGAAUACAUUUGUCCUAGACCACUACCAGGAGCUUGGCUUGGGGAUAUUCCGACGAUUCACUGAAACAGAAAGUGUAUGUCCACCAGAUCGACCGCAGACAGGAGGUUCAUGCGUAGAACUUGUCUAUCCCAUGGUCCUCUGAGCUUGCCCAUCUCAGAGAUUUUUCUCCUCCUUCCGAUGAAAACAGACUCCGGUGAUUGCUUCUGCGGUUAUGUGAAGCAGCCAUCAAACCACCCCCUGAAAUAGCUUUAGGGUAAAUUAUGCUGAAUCACCACCUGUAUCUCCCGCCCAUCCAUAAUGAAUAGAGGUUUCUCCUUAACUAGAUUAGAGUCGCAAUGGAUUUCCUGCUAUGAACACCAUGUAUAAACUGGUUGUCGGAAAUGUGGAAGCUGUACUGUGGGAAGAGCAGCAUUCAUCCAAAAAGAAGGUGAGAUACAAAAAAGACCAUUCAAAAAUGUCAAUUAAAAUCAUACAAAUCGCAGAAAAAUGCAACAGUGUUGGAGCCAAUUAAAAAGCAUAUGAAGAACGAAGAAGUGUUCGGUGAAUAGGCAGAUGUAUUUGUUUAAUAACUAGGUACUUUUCCGCUAGUUUCCUCCAUCAAGGCAACUGGAAAGGUACUGGUAUACAGACAGCUCUCAUGCCUAAGAGCAUGUCUCUGCAGCACAUGCAAAUCCGUCUUUGCUCUAUGGGUACAGUUCAUGUUGUUCAAUGACACCUCUGAGGAGGACUUUGAGUGGGCAGAGGAUUCUCUGUUGCGCAUGCAGAAGUUCUUGGAAGCUCUUAUACCGGAAGAGUUAGAUUUUUUUGUGAGUUCAUUUGAAAAAGGACAAAAGAAGGCUGCUGAGAAACCUGCCUGGUAAAGCUUCACUAUUAUUUUAUUCAGAUAGGGGAAUUCAGAAUUGGUUAGCAGCCAGGUUUGGUUACCUCUUUUCUAAAAACCAGACAGCAUUUUUCAGUUCCCCCUGCACCAUACCUUUUGAUGGAUCAAGAAACUAUCGAAAUUUGACAAAAAAAAUAAAUAAAUCUCUUUUCGGUGAAUCUAAACUACAAUUAAGAACAUGGGAUUUCAGAAUCUGGAGCAGUUUCCAUUUUUUAUCAAUGAGGAAUUUUCUAACAGCAAUUUAGAAGCUGCUGCAAGCAACACAAUGGCAUCGCGUGGGACGUAAGUGAACUGUUGUGUCUGCUUAAUUUCAGAAAUAGAAAAAGCCUAUUCUUUCACGGCAGUGGAUGCGGACUUCUGACAGCUUGAAAACAGAACCAAAUGAACCAAUAACAAAUGCAGGAGUAAAGGAAA